CAACGGGCGCCGGCGGCCGCGGAGCUGACGGGAGCCCCCGGCUCUUGGCUCCGGGAGCGGCGCUGUGGCGAGGGCAGCAGCGCCAGCCGCGGCCGCUCCCGUAACCAAGGCGCUGCCUUGCAAAGACACACAGACAGAGACGGGCUGACAGACACACGCAGCGCGGAGCGGCGCGGGCUUGGGGGCCGCCUUUGCAGCGCUUCUCCUCCCUGCACCAUGCUCUGCUCCAGGCAGCGCCCGCCCGCCGCUCCUUGAGAGCAGCUAGCUCCGCGCCUAGCUAAGCGGGCGACUGGCACCCGGCUCCCCCCCGCACCCGGUUACCUGAGUUAGCUCCGUCCCGGGGACUUUCGCAGCGCCUCCGCCCGCUCCCGCUGUGGCAGCCCUUGGGCGGCGGGGAAGCGAGCCGCCAGCAGCCGGAGGGACUGCAGCCGCCGCCGGGGAAGAGGAGCUCGAGCCCCCGCCUCCGGAGCUCUUCAUGGCGUCUCACCAGCAGACCAGGAUCCAAGCCUACCUGGAGAAGAAUAAGAUCGGUCCCCUCUUCGAGGAGUUGAUGACCAAACUGAUAACAGAGACACCUGACCAGCCAAUCCCAUUUCUAAUUGAUCAUCUUCAGUCCAAACAGGGGAACCGCCAUCAGCUUCAGAGAACGUUGUCUGGCUCUGCUGCCCUUUGGGCAGAGAGUGAAACAUCAGAAAAUAAAGGAACAAGAAGAGAUUUUAGAAGUUAUGAUAAGCCUUGGCAGGUAAAUGCAAAAAAGCCCAAAAAGUCGAAGAGUGACCUUGCUGUGUCCAACAUUUCUCCACCAUCACCGGAGUCCAAGUCAUUGCCAAGGUCAAUAGAGCAUCCUAAAUGGGAUUGGAAGACAAAACCGGAGAACCAUGAUUUUGAUGAACUAAAUCAUAUUCUUCAAGAGAGCAAAAAACUUGGAAAAGCCCUUGAGAAUCUGUCUCGCAGCAUUGCUGUUUCUGAUGAACUUGAGAAGGACACAACAGGAUUUAACACCCCCCUUCUCAGACCUCGUGUGAUUGGAGAAUGGGUUGGCCGUGAAGAGAAUGAUGCAGACCCUCUGGCUGCUGAGAUGCUACAGCCACCAAUACCAAGAAAUAAAAAUGAGCAGUGGGACAGUGAGGAUAGCAGCAGUCCUGGAGGAAGCUUAAAAAUGGAGCCAAAGACCAAAGGACUAAAACAUCAACAGCAGCAACAUAAGAAACUGCUGGCUGCCAUGCUUUCUCAGGACUCCUUUGAUUCUGCUCAAAGCACAGCUCCAUCUGUAACCGAAGAAGAUAUUGACAAUGAAGAUGAUGCAAUGGAACUACUGGAGGAUCUUGAUGAUCUCAGAAUGGAAGGAGUAACAAGUGUGAUGUCUUCUGGGAACAAAUUCAAUCAGACUCGAAGUGCUCAUACGGCUGAGCCUCAAGCAAAGGUCACAUUGAAUAUCUGUGCAAGAUGUGCCAGAUUGCAAGGGGAUAAUUUGGCAGAAGGGCCAGAAGAUGUCUCCAUGGUAUCUCAGGCAUCUGAGCCAGCAGUGUCAGACUCUGAUGCUCAAGUACCCGGAGUUGAAACACUUACAGAAGCUAUUGAUGAAUUUCAGAGUGCCUCUCAAGUGGCAGGAUCUUCUCAGACAGUUUGGACCUUGGACACUAUGGGUGUCAGACCUGGAGGUUCCCCAAGACAGAAACUCUUAAAAGACUCCUUAGCAGCAAAAGAACUUCAGACCAUGGAAAAACACCUAGCUGACAUUGAGAAGGACCUAGCAUUAUGGGAAGAAGCAAGGCUCUCAAGAAGCCCUGGUGUCCAGCAUCACAGUGUAGUUACGUCUGACAAUCAAAGCAAUCUUCAAGCUUCACAGGGCCAAACCCCAAGGCCUCAGGUGCCAACUCCGACAGGGAAGAACAUUCAGCUCCAAGGAAACAAAUCACCACCGCUGCCCACCAACAGCAGAACACAGGUCUCCAGUGUUGCAAACAGUAGACCGUCCACACCUGGUGCAAAAACCAACAGGCCAUCAACUCCGGGGAGCAGACCUGUGACUCCAAAUAGCUUGUUGUCACGGCCUCUUGUCCCUAGCAACCAAGGAAAUAGGGAAAGCAUCAUUAGUAUACAAAGAAGCAGAUCUUUGACAUCUAAGAGCCAAAUUGGGAGGACCCUCAGUGCUGCUUCAGGGCUCUCUGUGCAAGUGAGUGGAGACGUUGUUGGAACUGUCACUACUCAGAGAAACAGUUUAUCAGAAGUAAGAUUUUCAAUUUAAUGUCUUGGCUAUGUUUAAUAGCAUGAAUAUGAGAUUGCAUUUUAUGUUCAAAAUAACAUCGGUAUACCUAAUGUAACCUACUGUGCUGAAAAGAACUUGAAAUAUAAUGAUGAGAAAAUUAGCAAGGAAAUACUGCUCAGCUUUGAGAGGUACUGAUUAGAGAAUGUCAGUAUUAUUAGAGAAAUCAUACUGAAACACUUGUGCUCCCCAAAUUUACCAUGAGCUGUGUAGGGUUUUGCCUGUAUGAUGCAUACCAGUGUUGUUAGCCUUACAGUUUCUAAGAGGUGUGUACCUCUGGAAUAUUAAACACAACUUUAUCU